CCAGGCGAUGGCAGGAUGGAGGGGACGGUGACAGAGCCGGUGGCGGAGCCGGUGCCGGUGGCAGAGGAGGAAGAAGAAGAAGAUGAGGAGGAGGAUGAUGAAGAUGAAGGUGACCUGGCGGGGCGGUUCCUGCGGCUGGAGCGGGAGCAGGAGGCGCUGCUGCGGGCGCUGCCCCCCUUCGGGGACCCCGUCAGCCACGUCUACCGGCCCCUGGACUACGCCUGGGAGCCCCACUGCGACUUCGUGCGCCGCUACUGCCGCACCCCGAAACGCGUCCUCUUCCUCGGCAUGAACCCCGGCCCCUUCGGCAUGGCCCAGACCGGGGUACGGCACCGGGAGGGGGAAACUGAGGCACGGACGGGGCUGGGGCAGUGUGUGUGCCCCCCAUGGAGCCACAGGGGGGGAAACUGCGGCGCCCGUUUUUGGGGGUUGGUGAGGACCCUCUGCCCCGACCCCCACCUCUUCUUCCGCCACUGCUUCGUCUACAACCACUGCCCCCUCCUCUUCCUCGCCGCCAGCGGCCGCAACUUGACCCCCACGGAUUUGCCCCCCGCCGCCCGGGACCCCCUGCUGGGGGUGUGCGACGGGGGGCUGGCGCGGGCCGUGGGGCUGCUGGGGGUGGGGCUGGUGGUGGGAGUGGGGCGCUUCGCCGAGCGGCGGGGGGGUCUCAGGUGA